AUGUUCCAAGAUCCGAGCAAGAUUCUCCAACAUCUGGAAGGAAAGCUCCCCCAGCCUCAGUCCCCUCUCGUCCUGGCACCUCAGCCUUGUCCAAGCAUGCGCCCCGUGUCGCGGCCCGCGCUGCGCACGGCGUCGCGCCAAUUCAGCGCCGCCGCCUCCUCCGCCUCGCUCACGAGUCCUGCCGAAGCGGCUCCCACACUCAAUCCGCGGUGGCUCACAAACCUCCAAAGCCGCAUCAGUGCGUGCCUAGAGACGAAUCCUCCAGCAGACCAUGGCGCGAGACUGAAAAAGUACCGAGACUACCUGACCAGCAACUGGCUGGAACUGUCGGCAGGUCGAGAGGGAUUCCUUACAGAUGAGCGAUGGAGGGGUUUGGACAAGUUUGGUGUUGCCUGGGGUGACAUGCAUGGUGAGUGGGCUUGGGGUCCGGCUGCAAUGGUGCAUGUUCUCGUGGCUACAUGUGGUCUAAUUCCUUCGAGACAGGGCCACGUCAACAACGUCAUGUACAAUCGCUACGCCGAAUCCGGUCGUGUGAACUGGUUCACAUCCUUGGCUGCCCACGCGCCACCCGACCAGCGCCAGGCAUGGAUUGACCUGAUUAGUCCUAGAGGCACGGGGCUCAUUCUGAAGAGCAUCAAGACCGAUUACAAACUGCCAGUUGCGUAUCCCGACAGAAUCACCGUCAUUCACAAGCUCGCCCGGCAACCAAGCUACGCCUCGGAGAACAUCUUUCUCGACGCAGUGAUUUACUCCGAAGCACAUGGGCGUGUGGCAGCGCGCUGCUACGAAGACAUUGCCGUGUACAACUACAGGGCCGGCAAGCGAGCGACAUUGGUGAACUUUAUGGUGGACGAGUUGCAGAGAGUGUACCAGUUGCAGGAAAAGAACCGGCAAGAGACCGAAAACAAGGUCAAAGAGCUGCAUCAAGGCAUACAGGCCAUAGAGGAUAGACUCUUCUGA